AUGGCGGCGGCGGCGGCGGCCGGGUCCGCGGCGGCGGGGGCGCCCAGCUCGCUGCUGCUCGUGGUGGGCGGCGAGUGCGGGUCCCCGGGGCUCUUGGCCUACGUCCUGGAGGAGCUGGAGCGAGGCAUCCGGUCCUGGGGCGCCGAUGGCGGCGUCCGCAGCCUGGACGAGGAGCUCAAGGUCUUCGUGUCCCGGCACUCGGCUACCUUCUCCAGCAUCGUGAAGGGCCAGCGCAGCCUGCAUCACCGCGGGGAUGCCCUGGAGACCCUGGUGCUCCUGAACCCCUCGGACAAGUCCCUGUGCGAUGAGCUCCGGAACCUGCUGCUGGACCCCGCCCCGCACAAGCUGCUGGUGCUGGCCGGGCCCUGCCUGGAGGAGACCGGGGAGCUGCUGCUGCAGACGGGGGGCUUCUCGCCCCACCACUUCCUCCAGGUCCUGGAAGACAAAGAGAUCCAAGACAUCCUGGCCUCCACGCCGCCGCCUGUAGACCCGGCCACCCUCACGGUCACCUGCCCGACCUUCGGGGACUGGGUGCGGCUGGCCCCCGCGCUGCCGGGCCUCCAGGGGGCGCUGCGGCUGCGUCUGCGGCUCAACCCGCCGCUGCCGGGGCCGCCGCCGCCGCCGCCGGCCUCCGAGGGCCUGCGCGAGUUCCUGGACUACCUGGCCGAGUCGCUGGAGCCGCCGUCCCCCUUCGAGCUGCUGGAGCCGCCGUCCUCCGGGGGCUUCCUCCGGCUUGCGCGGCCCUGCUGCUACGUGUUCCCCGGCGGCCUGGGCGACGCCGCCUUCUUCGCCGUGAACGGCUUCACCGUGCUGGUGAACGGCGGCUCGAACCCCAAAGCCACCUUCUGGAAGCUGGUGCGGCACCUGGACCGCGUGGACGCCGUGCUGGUGACGCACGCGGGCGCCGACAGCCUGCCCGGCCUCAACAGCCUGCUGCGCCGCAAGCUGGCCGAGCGGCGCGAGGGGGCGGCGGCGGGCGGCGCCGCGGGCUCCUGGGACGACCGCCUGCGCCGCCUCAUCUCGCCCGCGCUGGGCGUGGUCUUCCUGAACGCGCGCGCCGCCGCCUCGCGCCUGGUGGGCGGUGUGGACGAGGCGGAGCAGGCGCUGAGCCUGCUGGCGCAGCUGGGCGUGACGCCGCUGGCACUGAGCCGCGGGCCGCUGCCGGCCAAGCCGCUGGUGCUGUUCGAGAAGAUGGGCGUGGGCCGCCUGGACCUGUACGUGCUGCACCCGCCCGCCGCCGAGCCCGCGCCGGCCGCCGCCUCCGUGUGCGCCCUGCUCGUGUGGCACCCGGCCGGGCCCGCCGACAAGCUGGUGCGCGUGCUCUUCCCGGGCUGCACGCCGCCCGCCCGCGUGCUCGACGGCCUGGGCCGCCUGCAGCACCUGGGCUUCCUGCGCGAGCCUGUGGUGACGCCUCAGGACCUGGACGGGCCGCCGCGCGCCGCCAGCAGGGAGAGCCUGGGCGCCCGCGACGGCCGGCCCGGCCCGGAGCGCCCCGCGGCGGCCCCGCGCAGGGCGGAGAAGGACGCCAGGCCCGCCCGAGACGCCAAGAAGGACCUCAAGGCCGCGGGCCCCAGGCCGCAGCCCCAGCCCCGGGAGGUGCGCCGGGCCGCCUCCGCCGCGCCCGGCCUCAAGAAAUCCACACCCCAGGCGGCUCCCAAGCCGCGCCGCGCCGCCCACGCGCCCCAGCCACUGCAGAACGGACCCCACAGCGCCCGCGGCGGCGGCGAGGCCAGCAGCCCCCCGCCCGCACCGGCCUGCCCCUCCCCGGCCCCGCCGCCGUCCGCCGUCCCCAGCCGGGAGAGCAGCAGCCUGGAGCUAGAGCUGAGCGCGGCCCCCGAGGAGAGGCCGCUGGAGCUGCCCUUGAGCGCCGGCUCCCCGCGGCCGCGCACGCCCUCGCCCGCCGAGACCCACGCGAGCCCGGCCGAGGGCAGCGCGCGGCUGUCGCUGAGCCCGCUGCGGCCUGGGGAGGCGGGGCCCGACGCCUCGCCCACCGUGACCACGCCCACGCUGACCACGCCCUCGCUGCCCGCGGAGGUGGGCUCCCCGCACUCCACGGAGGUGGACGAGUCGCUGUCCGUGUCCUUUGAGCAGGCGCUGCCGCCGGCCAGCGCGCCGGGCGAGGCGGGGCUGAGUCUCCCGCUGCGCGGGCCCCUCGCGCGCCGCUCGGCCUCCCCGCACGACGUGGACCUAUGCCUCGUGUCGCCCUGCGAGUUCGAGCACCGCAAGGCUGUGCCGCUGGCGCCCUCCCCGGGCAGCUCCAACGACAGCAGCGCGCGCUCCCAGGAGCGUGCGGGCGCGCCCGGGGCCGAGGAGACGCCGCCGACCUCGGUCAGCGAGUCCCUGCCCACGCUGUCCGACUCGGACCCCCUGCCCGCCGCCCCCGGCGCCGCCGACUCGGACGAGGACACGGAGGGCCUGGGGGCGGGCCCUCGCCGCGACCCUCUGCCCGAGCCGCUCAAGGUGCCGCUGCCGCUGCCCAACCCACCCAGCCUCUGCAUGGUGGACCCCGAGACGCUGCCGCCCAGGUCGGCCCGGCCGCCGGAGGACGCGGCCCGCGCGCGCAAGGCCCCGGCCCGGCCAGCCUCCCGCACCACCGCGCCCAAGGCCACACCCGCGACCGGCGCCAAGAGCAAGGGGCUGGCGGCCGGGGAGCGCGCCGGCCGGCCGCUCAGCGCCCGCAGCGAGCCCAGCGACAAGGGAGGUCGGGCGCCCCUGGCCAGGAAGUCCUCGGCCCCCAAGACGGCCACCCGCGCCCCUACCGGCCCCGCCGGCAGCCGGUCUGGUGGCUCCGCCGCCGCACCCGGCUCCCCAGUCUACCUGGACCUGGCCUACCUGCCCAGCGGGAGCGGCGCGCGCCUGGUGGACGAGGAGUUCUUCCGGCGCGUGCGCGCGCUCUGCUACGUCAUCAGCGGCCAGGACCAGCGCAGGGAGGAGGGGAUGCGCGCCGUGCUGGACGCGCUGCUGGCCGGCAAGGAGCGGUGGGACCGCGAGCUGCAGGUGACCCUGAUCCCCACCUUCGACUCAGCGGCCAUGCACCGCUGGUACGAGGACACGCACGGCCGGCACCAGGCGCUGGGCGUCACGGUGCUGGGCAGCAACAGCAUGGUGUCCAUGCAGGACGAGGCCUUCCCCGCCUGCAAGGUCGAGUUCUAGCCCCGCCCCGCACGCCCCGCCCCCUCCCUGCCCCCGGAAAUAAAGCCCCU